GCCUCACCACCGCCACGACGGCAGGACGUGCAAGGCGUCGUGAGGCUCGUUUCUGAGAGCUAUACCCAUGGAGCUUCAGCCGAAUGGUAUGGUAGCAGCUGUUGCGUACGUGAAUGGUGGGGCCAAGAUGGACAAUGACGCUCGCGACGCCAUUCAGGAGCAGGCAGACGCUGCGCCUGUUGCGGUGCGUGGGUCAGACGCACUCUUGGAGAAACGGCGAGCAGACAAAAUUCUCAUUGCGCGCAUGCUGGAUAUGGACGAGCCUUUCAUGACUGAGAAGAUGAUCCAGUUUUUGUCAGUUGAUGGAGCCUGCGAGUUGUACGUUACGUUCAUUUCACAAAUCGGCGAGGAGGACGAGGUACGGAAAAGCCCGCGUAAAGGCUCCGAGGGAUUGUUGUGUAAGCGACCGGAGCCUGGAGAUGAGGUUUCUGAGCAGCUGAAGCGGUCGUUCCGGGCUACAAUGCUGCUGGCAAACAGUGAACCUUCAGAUAAUCACAGGACAUUCUUGGCAAAGAAGGCACGAGAGUUAACAGCUGCUGUUCUCAAGGUCUUUUGGCCGAGUGCGAAAGGGAGCUUGCACCACGCAUGUUGCGUGCUGGAUUACCUGCUGAGGUCGUAUGCAGACGAGGUGUUCGAGACAUUGGGGCGAUCUCGCGAAUCGCUGGAACGACAUCUAGGACCCAUGCUUCGAUGGGCAGAGUACUCGCCUGUUUCUGAAACAAUGGUCAAACUACUCACCUUUCCAUCGGUGGGAGGCGCGGUGACAGGCGCAGCUGCUACCUACCAGACAUCGGCACCAAGCAAGUGGCGGUUGUAUUCUGGUCUUGCAGACUGGCGGUUUCUUCUGCGGGUUGCGGAGAACAUCUUCGAUCGAGAGUGCUCCGAUUCAUACGCCUCGGCGUGUGCGGACCUUCUCCUCGAGGUGGUGGAUCGACUAUCGUCCGACGACAAUGGGGAGUUGCUGCUUCAACCCAUUGGGUACUGCAAGGAACUGGUUGACGGGCUGGCAGCCAUGGCGGUUGACCAAGGUCUUCCACUAGAGCGGCGGACAGAUAGCGCACGAACUCUGCUGGGAAUAACGCAAAAGGCAGCCGACGCGAAUAUCGUCUUCGUCAACGCACGCACGUCAAUGUAUGACUCGCAACCAACAACUACUGUGGUUCCAAAUCGACUGAGCUCUGUGCGAGAGCUACUUCAUGAGCAGCUACGAACCUGGUUGCCGAAGUUUUGCGUCGCAGUCUCCAACUGCGAUGACAAGGGUCCAGGCAGGCAAGCGGAAGAGACUUCGGAAGCAGUGGCACAUCCAGGGUAUGAAGUGAAGCGUCCGUUCACGAUGCUUCGGUAUGUCCUGGUCGGUAUUGUAUAUGAGAUCGUGAAUCGAGAUCCUCAGCAGCUGGAUGCCCUGCCAGUGGAGCUAUGGAAGGCGUUGUGCAGCUGGUUCUUCCGAUAUCCCCAUAACAACCUGUACCACAGCAUCUUCUACAAGCUUGUUUUCAAGGUGCUGAGAUGCAACAACGUUGGCGCGUUACGGAUGGUGGUAUCGAAGGGGCGACUGGUGGCGCGCCUCGUGGACUCUCACGCAGACGGCGAUAAGAGUGCUGGAAACAGGGGUUUUGUGCUGCAGCUCUGCAACGCCAUUCGCCUCCAGGCAGAUACAAUGCCCCCGACAGAGUUCCUUCGGAACUACCUCAACUCCCAUGAGCAGUGGCGCAAUUUCUUGGGAAGUCUACGGGAGGCUACGCUUGAGCAGCAAAGGCCUGGAUUGGGCUUUGAGGUGCCCGUGGUGCCUCAGUAUUACGCAAACGGGCCAGAGGCUCUGGGACAACAGCCGCUUCCAGAGGACGUAGGAAUCGACCAUGGAUCCGCCUACGCUAGAGCGCUCGGCUUUGAAGAUGACAUUGUGUGGUUACCUGAUGAGCCCGUGGGAACUCGCAAAAAGAAGAAGAAAAAGAAAAAGAAGAAGAAAAAGGCGGGUGGGGCUGCGGGCGAGGCACGACCAGCGGACGACGAGGGGGAAGACGAAGAAGAUGACGGAGAUGUUUGUGAUGCCGAUGACGCAUCAGAUGCCACGGGUUUGUAA